AUGGCCUCUCCAACCUCGGUCCUCUCCAAGACCUUGCAGAGCAUCACCCGCAGCAAGAUCCGCGAGUUGGAGUCCCGCCACAAGUCCUACGAAGCUCGCAAAUCCGACUUGCUUGCCCAGGUCGACGCGGCCACUGAGGAGCAAGAUCGACUGAGCCUUCUCCUGGACGCUUUCCGGGAACUGUACCCAGGGGCUCAUGGAGAUGUUUCACUUCACAACGUUGAGCGUUGGAUCGCUCAGUCCCGUUACGAUGCGUCCAUUCCCGUUUCCAAGCUGAUGAGCUUUGGCCGGGAGCUCCGAGAGAAGCUCGAUCACCAGAGCAGAAGGUUGAACAUGGCUCAUCUGUACACGCGGCUCUUGACAGAAUGGAUGGAUCAACCGCCUGCAGUUUCAUCCACUGCUGCGGCUGAUGACGGGCUUGAUGAUUCCUUUGAACUUGUUGAGCGCCAGCGCCAGCGGCUGUCUGAACUUGUUGACAAGUUUGAAUCGGUCGUUUUUAAGCCUCUGGAGACGAGUGAUGCUGAGAUCCGCAAAUUCCUCGACCGUCUGUUCCCUGAUGAGAAGAGUCUGAAAGCCUUGGAAGAGCUUCGCAAAACUGUCGCCAUCGAAACUAUGUCCUUCAUGUCCCAGGCUUCACCGUUCAACCAGAAGUCUCUCACUACUUGCAUCAAUGGUCUCUUGACUGAGGAUAUUCUCAGCGAUGAAAAGCAAGCCAUCCUCCAGGACUUUCUGGGGAGUGAUGUCGCCCUAGCCGAGAUUGCCGACGUUUUGAACACGCGUUUCUCUGAUAUCAAGCAAUGGCAGUGGGACGCCGGGAAGGACGGUAUCCGCGUCAUCCCUCGAGCGGGUUUGAAUGGCAAGUAUCGAGUGUGGGCCGACGACGAUAUCCUGCAAAUGAUUUUCGUCCAGUACAUAGGUGUGAGACUCUGCAACAUCAUCAAGCCAGCCCUGAAGAUUUUCAUGUGGGCCGUACGCCAGAGGGAUCUCGAUACCAACACAGUCCCAACCGCAGCUGAGAGCGAGAGGCGCAGAUAUUACCUCAGUGAGUAUCCGACUUCGCAUAACGUCGAGGACAUGCGCAUGGAGGACUACAUGGAGACCUUCUUUCUGUCGCAGCUGCCAAGCACCGAAUCCGACAUGAACCGUUAUGACGACGACAGUGACGGGAGCGAUGAUGGCAGUGUUCAAGAUCGCAACACAUCUACGCCAAAGAAAUCCAACAUCAAGCAGCAGCUUUUGCGACGUUUGACAACAGAGUUGCUUAUUCAUCGACUCCGCGGCGUGACUCUUGAAAACCGCCAUGAGGCCAGCAACCCUGUUGCGCUGGUUCAGACAGACUUGCAAUGGUACGGAACAGGUCUCUCUCACACCACCAUCUAUUCCCUGAUGCGAUAUAUUGGUUUUGGUCAGGACUGGAUCAGCUUUUUCAAGAAAUACCUCGAAGCCCCGCUCAACCUUGACAUGGCUUCCGACAACCGGCCCCAACUUGGGCCGCGCACUCGAAAGAGGGGUGUCCCCAUGGCACACGCAUCGGAGAAGUUGACUGGGGAGUUGGUGUUGUUCUUCAUGGAUAUUGCAGUCAACCGCGAGACUGGGAUUCUGCCAUACCGCUUGCAUGACGACAUCUGGCUUCUGGGUGAGCCCACCAGAGCGGCCCAAGCCUGGGAGUGCAUGCAAUUGUUCGCCAAGGUCUUUGGUCUCGAGUUCAACAGGAGCAAAACUGGGUCUGUCUAUCUCCCAGGCGCCAGCAACAGGGACACUAAUGUUUCUGAUAUCUUGCCGGCCGGGCCAGUCACCAUUGGCUUCUUGCAACUCGACCCAGAGACGGGACGAUGGACCAUCGACCAGAAGCUCGUCUUUGCGCAUGUCGACCAGCUGAAGAAGCAGCUUGACGAGUGCAAUAGUGUUCUCUCCUGGGUUCAAACCUGGAACAGCUGCAUUGGUCGGUUUUUCAGCCACACGUUUGGCGAGCCUGCCUUCUGUUUUGGACGGGAACACAUCAGUGAGGUGUUGGACACGUACACCAAGAUGCUGGCGAGGCUUUUCCCUGCAGAGAACGGCGUGCAAGGCAGCGUGGUUGAGCACCUCAAGGCGAUUCUCCGCGACCGUUUCGGCGUCUCGGAUCUGCCUGAUGCUUUCAUAUUUUUGCCUGAGCAACUUGGCGGCUUGGGGUUGAGAAACCCGUUUGUGAGCUUGUUCUUGAUCCGCGACGGCAUCACGAAGACUCCGGGUGAGAUUCUCGACGAGUAUAUCGAGUGGGAGCACGCGUCAUACCUGGAGCGAAAGAAUGUGUUUGCGAAGGAAGACGACAAGUAUCGCUAUCGGCGUUUGGUGAAUAUCCUUUCCCCUGAAGAGAUCUCGGAGACAUCAGCGGUCAAGGAAUCGGAGCAGGAUGUUUUCUUCUCGUUUGAAGAGUUCUGCCGGUUUCGCGAGAGGACACAGACAAAGUAUCGGUCUGUGUACGAGGAGCUUCAGACGGUUCCUCGCACAGAGGAUAUCCACUUGAGCGCCGACGUGAGCCGCAAGUUGAAGGCAUUCCUUGCCGGUGUUGAGAUUGACUCGGAGAAGAAGUGGUUCUUGCAGCUCUAUGCAGAGGAGUUGCUGCGGGACUUUGGAAGCCUGACUUUGGUCGACAAGCAAUUCCUGCCUGUCGGUGUGUUGGAACUGAUGAGAGGCAAAAAGGUCACCUGGAAGAUGGUGCUGUGA